UCAUUCGUUUGUGAGAACGGACGGUAUUUCUUUCCUUUAGAAAAGUGGGCAGGUGUUGACUUUAGGGUCAUUAUAAGGACCCCUGCAGAUUAGCUGUCCAGCGCCUUACGAAAUCUAACAAAUGUUAAUUUUUUAGGCAGAUUUGCAAUUCCAUCAGAGGAAAGAAGAUAUUAGAUCUACUAGCUUCCACCACUUCACCGGCUUCCAUUCCUGUCGCCAGAGAACUUCACAAGGCAACGUAGAUUUUCCAUAGCUCGGUACCUCUCUCUCUCUCUCUCUCUCCCUCUCUCUCUCCAAGAAUCUAUCUAUAUUUUCAUGAUUUUAAAUUUUAUGUUUUCUUUUCUCGACCGUUUUGAGCAUUUGAGGUCACGAAGGUGUAUCAGAGAUUAUUUGUUCUCUAUCUUCUUAAUGAUAAUUGAAUAUUUCCUUUUCUGUUUUUCUUGUUCGAAUUAAUUGAAUAUAUCUUGAUCACUUCUUAUUAGUUUUAUGUGAUUAUUUAAUAUAGGAUAACAACUUAACAUGGUUCGACCAAAAGAUCCGUUUUGGGAGCAUGCAAAGGAUUUGAAAAAUAGUCGUUUUCUCUGUAAAUUUUGUGAUGGUCAAUUUGCAGGAGGUAUUUCUAGGGUUAAAUGGCAUUUGUCUGGCCUUGAGGGCAACGAUGUUAAAGUCUGUAAAAAGGUACCACGAGAUAUUCAAUUAGCAGUGUUACAAGUACUCGACACUCCCCAUAAGAAAGAAAGACAAGUUAAUGUAUCAAAAAAAAAGAGGAAAGAUAGACAAGUUGAAAAUGAAAAUUGCUCAGUUCCUUCAUCGUCUGGUGGCCCGAAUCUAUGUAUGGAUAACGUUUUGAUGGGUAAAAAAUUGGGCAAGUUGUUCUUCUCAUUUGGCAUUCAUCCUAAGGUCAUUGUCUCUCCCAUCUUUGAGGACUUUGUGAAGAGUAUUGUUGAAUAUGGGCCCAGUACUUAUCAACUGGCAAGUACUUUUACUGAUGAGAAGGGAUUUGCGUCAGAAGUCGAUGAGGAAGCUGAUGAAUAUAUUGAAAAUUUCAUAAACGAUCCAGUUCAAGCAGGUUGUACCUUGAUGGUCAACAAUUGGCAGCGUUAUGAUGAUUCUGGACGAGUCGACCGUGUGGAUAUCUUUGCUUAUUCGAAAAAAGGUGCGGCAUGCUUUAAAUCAUUUAAAUAUGAGCAAACAUUAGGAGGUAUUCAAGAAGUCAUAUCUUCUACAAUUGAUCAAUUACUUCGCCUCAACCUGCAUGUUGUACAGCUACUUCCAUCCCAAGAAAAUGAUGAAAUGAUAGAUGGUACAAACUAUAUGUUGGAAAAUAUGAUUGAUUCAAAUGAAAAGGAAGCCUUCGAGAAGGAACUAGACCAAUACCGCGAGGAAUUGCCAAAGUUAUUCACCGCUCAAGCCAUGAUCACAAUGCUAAAAACAUGCCAUCCUCGAACAUGGUGGGACUUUUGUGGAAAGCAUACACCGGUAUUAAGAAAAUAUGCAAUUCGAAUAUUGAGUCAACCUUGUAGUACUUUAUUUUGUAGGCGUUAUGAAGUGCUGCUAGGUGAUUUGAGUGAAGAUUGGACAACAAAGGUGAAUACAAUGAUCAUAAACGGAAAUUCUAAAUUACUAGAGUUAGAGCCAAUCAUUCUUGAUAAACUUAUUGAAGACCACGAUGCUUUUAAGGAUGUGAUGGAGCUGGAUGAAGAAUAUUACUACUUCCAUUUUUUAUCAAAAUUGACUGACGAUGCUUUAGUCGAUUGCGUGAUAAAUGAUCCGAGUCCUUCAUUUUGGGAUAACGUUAACAACAUCAAGCAUUUGUUAUUAGAUUGUUUCGUUUAAUUAUUGGCUAUUUGUAUAUUCAAAUUUCAAAUUGACUCUUUAUUUAUUUAUCUGCAUAGUCAUCAAAAUUUCUUA